AUGAGCGAGGAUCCGCGGGCCGAACUGACGCGGGAGGAGCGUGACCACGAGGAGGCUGAGCGGGAGCUUGGCGACGGGCCGGCGUACGACGACGGGCAGUGGCACCUCGACGAGCAGGCGCACGGCGAGGAGCCGGAGCGCAGUGACGAGCCUGAAUACGGCGACGAGCAGGAUAGCGACGGCGAGCAGGAGCAUGGCGGGGAACAAGAGCGCGAUGAAGGGCAGGAGGCCGACGGCGAGCGGGCGCACGGCGGGGAACAGGAGCACCACGACCCGCGGCGGAACGGCGGCGAGCAGACACGCGCGGGACCCCACGUCCCAGGCGGAGUCGAGGAAGGAGAGGCGCAGGAGAGGGGGUCGCGUGCGACGGGCCCCAACCGUCGGGAAGGACAGCCUGCCCGCGAUGCACCGCAGCCGGAAGGCCAGGCUCGAGAGGGAGGGACACGCACGAUGCCGACGCGGGGAGUGCGCGGACGAAGCGAGGCUGAGGACAGACACGCAACGGGAGUCCAGCGUCGGCGGGCGGAGGCGAGCGACGGCGGCUCGCGCUCGUCAAGGGAACCGCUGCCAAGGGCCGAACGGUAUGGGGGCGCGGAAGGAAGACGGGGAGGAGCGGAGAGCACGGUUCGCUCUGGGGCGCCACCGCGGGCGCUGGGAGGAGGCCAUGGGGGGGAGCAUCACUCGCCAGAAACGCGGAGGCGUAGGGAGGGGCGGCGGAUGGAGGGGUCACGUUCACCGCACAGGCAGCAAAAGUGGGGGGGGGGGGAACCAGAGGAGAAUCACGGUCGCCCGACCGGCGCUGUUGACGGGAGGAAGGGCGGGAGGAAGCAGGACGCGUGCCGCCAGGCAAACGGCUGCAGGAGAGAAGGGAGUGGUCGCCACCCCCAGCGAGACAUCAGCCGCGUGAAGCCGGCCCGAGGGUGUGGGAGCAGAGUCAUUACUCGCCGGAACGACGAUGAGAGCAGACGGGAAGGGGAGGUAGUCAGUGGGGACAGUCGGGAGAGGUGCGCGAAGGGAAGCAGGAGAGCAGGGCCAGGAGUGGCAGCUUGGCCCAGAGGGCUGAGCGAGCCCGUAUGGCCAGAGAGGGACUGGAACGAGCAGGGCAAGGAGGGGGGUAUGGGAGACCGCGGGGAGGGGCAAGUGAGUCUUGGGGAGAGGGAAGAGGAGGUGGGGCCACGGCGACAAGGGUAG